GAUUGCCUAGGGAUUUUACCACUCAAUUCAUUAUUACACUGGACCAAGUCACCACUUGCACAUGUCGCGUACAGAAUGGUAAGUCUAGGUAAAUGAGCAUCUGAUUAUUAUGAGACUCGCAGUAAGUCACAAAUAAACUCGAGAACCGGCCAACCUACCUAGACCCAGUAGGUAAGCAGUCAAUCGGCCUUUGCAUACAGCGAGGCACGUGAACCCAUGGCGUUGUCCUGGCCGGUCCUCUGUGCUGGGCUGGGUUGGGCUGGCACUGGCACUGGCAGAAUUUCCGUCGGCCGUCUGAUGAAAGUCAAGCUCCCUCCCAAAACCCCCUCCCCUCUCUUCUUCUCUUGCUUCUGCUCCAGAGAGCUCGUCCACUUCACGCACAACAACCCAUUCGUAACGGCAGUCAUGAUCAUUCCAACGUCUGCAGUCUCUCGUUCUCUGAUCGCGCCUCUCUACAAUACUCUUUAAUCAAGCAGCUCUCUCGAAUCCCUCUUUCCUGGUGCUGCCCUCGGCGCCCGCGACUGAGCUCGCUCACUUGGCUUCGAUCCUCGACCCAAUCCGCCAACGCUUCCACGCCGAGUCGACGUGGAAAUUGGGCAUCCAAAUACAAUUCAAAGAGCCACAUCUAGGUCUGCGAGCGAUUCCAUCGCAGCAAUGGACACCGCCAGACGAUCCUCGAGAGCUGCUCGAGCCAGUCAACCUCUACAAUCGACGUCACAACACUCUUCAGCUUCUUCGAACUCAUCUGGUCGCGCAGAGCGAGCUACUAGAUCACACAAUAAAGCGGAAUCGCCGCGAAAAUCUACGCCAUCAGGCUCAUUGUCGUCGGAACCUCUCGACGACAACAUCAGGGCUACCAUGGAGGAUUCUAUCCAAACACGUCGAAAGCGCGGUCGAGGCGAGGAGCAGACCAAGUCCACGAAAGCGCAACCUAUGCAGCCCGAGGUCAUAAACGGUGUAGAAGAGGUCGGAGAGGACGAUGAAGCCGUUCGUUGUAUCUGCGGCUUCGACGAAUAUCCAGGACCACCUCAAAUUGGCGACGAGGACAACAAAAAUGGCAUAAAAGAAGGCAUAGAAGAAUCUAUCAUCACGCCGGCCGACGUUACAGAAGAUCUCGCGGGGUUCUUUUUACAAUGCGACAUGUGCAAAGUCUGGCAACAUGGUGGCUGCGUGGGGAUCAUGAACGAAGAUACCAGUCCCGACGAGUACUUCUGUGAGGAGUGUCGAAAGGAUCUACACAAAAUAUAUACUGCCUCUAAUGGGCAACGCUAUUCACAUUAUCUUCCUCUUUACCAAACCAUAUCCCGGACGACUUCUAGAGCAGCAUCCUUCUCCAAGGAUGGCACACGAUCUCCAAGGGGUAGCAAAAGUGGCCGACCGUCUUCCAGUCUCCAAAGUAAUGCGAAGAGGAGAUCCACUAUGAACAGUAGAGAUGCUGCCUAUGACGAGGCAGCGGAGUUGCAGCGGGCCAUCGAGGCUAGCAAAGGAGAGAAAAGUGGUGAGAGUACCGACGGCGGAACGACAAGACGUGGAAAACGUGGGCGGAGCGACAGUCUAGAGAAACCUGAGGGACCAAAACGGCAACGGACAGCAUCAGCCUCGCCUUCACCAUCGCCUAAUCGCGAGUUACAAACGGUCGAAUCGCAAGCCGACUCGGACGAUGGCACUAAUGGAAAACCAACCGGUGCAAAGAAGAUUCGGGGCGCUGCAGCGCGCAACCACAAGGAGAAGGAACUGAGGGAAGAGAGAGAGAGAUCAAGGCUGGAAGCAGCAAACAAGCGCAAAGGCCGCGCAGAGCGUCGAAGAGUCGAAGACUCGGAGCCUUCAGAAGAACUUCCACCUCAGAGCAAGGCUGCUGUGGCUAAGAGUACAGAGGUAACCGCACAACCCUUGGGUCCACCGCCGUCGUCUCAACCUGCCGCCCCUGAUACACCACCACCGAUUCCUCCCCCAGCUUCUCAUAAAAAGGGUGGCAGGCCGCCUAAUGCUCGAAAGGGAAAACUGGGCAAGAACCAGUACACGAAAGAGAGAGAUGUCGCUGAUACGGAUGACCCUUCACCAAAUCGAUCGCAAUCCCGGGAUGUGUCUAAAGCAGAUGAAAACGGACAUACAGCACCAAGUAAGACGUCGAAUCAUGAAAGCAAAGUUGGAAAAUCCAAGGGGCUCAAUAGCAAGGUCUCCAUGGCAGAUAUGAAAAAGCGAGUGACGGCGAUUCUUGCUUUCAUUUCUCAGACCGAGUACGAGCUGGGAGAUUCGAUAUCACCUACCACCGGAGAUGCGACAGAAAAGAUGAUUCGAGGCCUUGCAGAUGGCCUGCCAAUGAUCAAAGUCAAUGGUGAAGAUGGUAACACCCCAUCGACAGAUGAUGGGACUGGAGAGGCAUCGUCCACUCGAGACUUCAAAGAUCUGUCCUGUAAAGAAAUGAUUGUUGAGUUGACGAAGCAAUUACUCAAGUGGCAGGAGGAGUUUGCAUGAUGAUUUUGGUGUUAAUAGGAGGAUUUUAUAGGCAUUAGGAGUCGGUUCAUAUGGGAAAACGGCGGACAGGCGCUCAGGACAGACAUUGGGACAUGAUACCACUCCCAUCUUUUGAUGAUAGGUAUCCCUAGAUAGUGACUAGGAUAAAGUACUACCCGGUACUAAGUGUAUAAUACAUGACACUGCGGUCAAAACAGAACUUAAGCUGCUCUCCAGACGUCCGUCCCAUUGAGCAAAUUGUCUAGCUCCCACUGCUGCAGGUCUCCUCUCCUUUAUUUUGUACUCUGCUUCGGAGGGUCAGUUGAUGCUAGGAAGCACGCCUAGGAACUGUUGAACUGCAUCAUCGAUAUGCUGUUUGAAGAACCUCGGGCCCUCGCCAAAACAAACCGCUUCCUGGAUCAACUUCUCGGCUAGCGGCUGCGAAUUGAAAACAAAGUCGGGCGGGCUCGGCGCUUGCCUUUGAAAGCUCACGUCUUCAAAGAACCCACCGACAUCAACCCCCUGCUGCUGAUUUUGAGCAUCCCAAAUAUGCACAUCCUGCAGGCCAGUCUCCGGUAACAUCGGCGACAUCGUGUCGUUCGCAAAAUUCUUGGAUGUUGGAGAGUGCACAGCCGUCCACCGUUCCGCAGGGAUACUCGCCGUCACAUAUGAACAACGCAGUCCCCACCUACUUAGCAGAUACUGCUGCGUAUUCCACGGAUCGAGCCACUCAGACAUGGAUCCAAUCUCAUAGUUGACUGCACUAUGUAUCUUUGCUCUCAGCGGCGCCGACAUAACAGGAUGUGAUGGCCCGAACAGCACCACGCUGCUAUCCGUACCAACACCAGCACUAGCCUCAUUUUGAAAAGCAGCUGCAUAUUUCUGGGUCGGUUUCGCUCCCGUCUCUAAACUUGGAUCGGAAUCUGAGAUGCUCAUUCGUGAUAAUUGGCCUUCUGCUAAGGACAUGAAUGUGUCUGGGGUCUCGUAUUUGAAUCUGAAGCGUGCGAUGCUGGGUAUAAAGCCCGGGAUGGAAACUUCCCCGCGCAGGGCGCGGAACAUAAGGAGGAUGGUGUCGGUGUAGAGACGGAGGGCGAAGGAUGAGGGGCCGGAGAUAAUGUAGUGUGUCCAGAGGCUGGGGAGAGUGUUUCGAAGGGGUGAAGUGUUGAGGAGUCCGUAGCCUAAUCGUGGACUAAAUCGGCCAGUGUUGGGUUGGAUUUGUUGAGACAUGUUCAGGUGAGGAAAGGAUGCCGAGUUGAAUUGUGGGAAUAUGGUGCUCAUUUGUACAGGCGUUUGGUUGCGCACGUUUGACGACAUAGGAAAUGGCGAUUUCGACGAUGAUGCUUCUCCCGCGACUCCCUUUGGAAACCCAGGUCCCGGUCCAGCUUCCGCGGAGACACCUAGCAAUCCAGUUCUCACCCUCUCGUACUCUCCAUCAUCCUCCCCAUCAUCCCCAGCAACCUUCUCAGCAACCCUCGCAAUACUCAAAAACCUCUUCGUGGAGUCUCUCAAAUGAUCCAAGGUCUCGCUUCUCUCACUCAUGUCGCUUCUCCUUAGACCUGGUGGGACUUCCUCGGAUUUGACAACAUGUUCCCCAAAUUUUAGAAACUCGUCGCUCAUCUCUUCAAUAGCAUCUUCGAGAGAUGAGAUUCGAUUGCGCAGUUUGUCAUUUUCGGCUUGUUUGCGCUGCAUGUAGGUACGCUGGGCGAGGCGUCCUUUGGCUCGCUUCUAAGGUUAGAGGUUAGAGUUAAAAAUUUGUAAUAUUGAAGCGACGGAAUGUAAUUGAGACCUAAGACAAGGAGAUGUUACUUACUUCUUCUCGUGAGUCAUCUUUUGAAGCUUUCCGUGGACGGCCACGAGAGCGUCCAGGUUUUGAUGAAGAAGGGUCUUUAUCCAUUUUGAGCUUCAAUAUCCAAAGUCGGAUUUGACCUGCUUUUAAACGAGACCUUCUGUCUUACAUACAGAGUUGCAAUAUAAAGGAUGUUCGUCAAACUUAGGCUCAUGUGUAUUUACUUCUUUGGGG